CUACUAUGCGCACUACGCACUUCCCUUCUUCUCAUUUUCCUUCUCCUUCUCCGUCAACAACAGCAGCUACCUUAUCCCUACAUUAACUCCUUAAUCUCCUUUCUUAAUCACUUUUACCAUUCUAUUCUCCCCUUUCUCCCCAACUUCACCCUACAUUUAAUGCAAGCAAUUCUGUGGUUCACCUUCAAUUCCCGACUCAAUCAUCACAAUAAUAACAAAACACACAUACACUCACACUCCACCACUGUUUUUUAUGUCCAUUCCCAGCGGCUUCAUGCCACUGUCUCCGCCAUCUCAAUCUUCUAGAACCUUCCAUUCCUCCCCAUGGGCUGCAUCUACUCUCGUGUUUGCAUCGGCGACAACUGCGUCGGAGGUGCCGCCGCCGCCUCCAGCAUCAACGGCGACGCAAUCGCUCGUCCUCCGCGCGGGACCUCAUCCUCCGAGCCAGACGAAUCCUCCGCCGCCGCCGCCGCCUCGCCGGACGGCGACUUCCAGGUGCUGAAUCAGCUCAGCUUGACGCGGGACCCGGAGGCCGGAAUCCGGAGGCUCGCUAGGGUUUCGUCACAGUUCCUUCCACCGGAAGGUUGUAAAGUGGCGAAGGUUCCUGCGUUCAGCUACGAGCUUCGCUACUCGUUCUUGUCACAGAGAGGUUACUAUCCUGACGCACUGGACAAGGCGAACCAGGACAGCUUCUGUAUCCACACACCGUUUGGUUCGAGUCCGAAUGACCAUUUCUUCGGUGUCUUCGACGGCCACGGCGAGUUCGGUGCGCAGUGUUCACAGUUUGUCAAGCAGAAGCUCUGUGAGAAUCUUCUUCGAAGUGCAAAAUUCCAAAACGAUGCCGUUGAGGCUUGUCACGGUGCUUUUCUGGCCACGAAUUUGCAGCUUCACAAUGAUGUCUUGGAUGACAGCAUGAGCGGGACGACGGCGAUCACGGUGCUGGUGAGAGGGAGAACUAUAAUUGUGGCGAAUUCAGGCGAUUCGAGGGCGGUGAUUGGAGAGAGGAGAGGGAAGGAUCUUGUGGCCGUUGAUUUGUCGUUGGAUCAGACUCCGUUUAGGGCUGAUGAGCUGGAGAGAGUGAAGAUGUGUGGUGCCAGGGUUUUGACUUUGGAUCAAAUUGAGGGUUUGAAGGAUCCUGAAGUUCAGUGUUGGGGAAAUGAAGAAGGUGAUGAUGAUGGGGACCCACCUAGGUUGUGGGUCCCAAAUGGGAUGUACCCUGGUACUGCAUUCACAAGGAGCAUUGGGGAUUCAAUUGCCGAGACUAUUGGUGUUGUUGCUAACCCUGAGAUUGUUGUCUUUGAGCUCACCAAGGAUCAUCCUUUCUUCGUGCUUGCAAGUGAUGGUGUCUUUGAAUUCAUCUCUAGCCAAACGGUAGUUGAUAUGGUUGCAAAGUUCAAAGAUCCACGUGAUGCUUGUGCUGCAAUAGUAGCUGAAUCUUAUCGGCUUUGGCUACAGUAUGAAACUCGUACGGAUGAUAUCACAAUCAUCAUUGUGCAUAUAAAUGGGCUAACUGAACCUGGUGUUGGUCAGGAAAAAACAUAUGGCGAAUCUUUACGAACUCCAGUGCCUCAAGUUGUAGAGAUGACAGGUUCAGAAUCUCCCUCUACCCUGGGUUGGAACUCUAGGAACCAACGGGUAAGGCAUGACUUGUCAAGGGCACGCCUCCGAGCAAUUGAAAAUUCCCUGGAGAAUGGACAAGCUUGGGUUCCUCCAUCUUCAGCGCAUAGGAAGACAUGGGAGGAAGAAGCACACAUAGAGCGAGCACUGCAUGAUCAUUUUCUCUUCCGAAAACUUACUGCUUCUCAAUGUAAUGUUCUAUUGGAUUCCAUGGAAAGAGUUGAGGUGCAACCUGGUGAUAUUAUAGUCAAACAGGGCAGUGAAGGUGACUGUUUUUAUGUUGUUGGUAGUGGAGAAUUUGAAGUCUUGGCAACUCAGGAAGAAAAAGAUGGGGAAGUAACCAAGGUUUUACAGCGUUACACAUCGGAAAAACUAUCAUGCUUUGGAGAGCUUGCUCUAAUGUACAAUAAACCACUCCAGGCUUCUGUACGUGCUGUAACUAAAGGGACUCUUUGGGCUUUAAGGCGAGAAGAUUUUCGAGGCAUUCUAAUGUCAGAAUUCUCGAAUUUGUCAUCCUUGAAGUUGCUACGAUCUGUAGAUCUCCUGUCAAGAUUGUCAAUUUUACAACUGAGUCAGAUUUCUGACUCCCUCUCUGAAGUCUCCUACGCAAGUGGGCAGACAAUAAUUGAUCGUAGUGAAGUCCAUGGAUUGUACAUAAUCCAGAAGGGACAAGUGAAAAUCACUUUUGAUGCGGAUUUAUUGAUGAAUCCAAAUGUUUGCAGCCUUGAGCCUGAUUUGGAAAAUGUGAAUGAUAAUGCACAGAGCAGAAUAGAAUUGUCAAUAGAGAAGCAAGAGGGAAGCUAUUUUGGUGAAUGGGCCCUUCUUGGUGAAAAAGUUGGUCCCUUAAGUGCUGUUGCUGUGGGUGAUGUUGUAUGUGUUGUAUUAACAAAAGAGAAAUUUGAAUCUGUUGUUGGCUCCAUACAAAAGAUUUCUCAGGAGGAUCGCAAGUCAAGACAUAAUUCCAAAGAGUUGGCUAGAAAUUUUGACUUUUCAUCCGUAGGAAAAGUCCAGCUCUCAGAUUUGGAAUGGAUAAAGAGUGUCUAUUCUACUGACUGCUCUGAUAUUGGGCUUGUAAAGUUUGGAGAAGCAGAAAAUUUGCUUACAUUGAAGAGAUUUUCCAAGCCAAAAGUGAAAAGGCUGGGAAAAGAAGCACAAGUCUUGAAAGAGAAAGAUAUGAUGAAGGGUGUGAGCUCUUCAGCAUGUAUACCACAGGUUUUAUGCACUUCUGCCGACAGCAUAUAUGCUGGAAUAGUGUUAAAUACACUCCUUGCUUGCCCUUUGUCUUCCAUACUUUCAAGUCCUUUUGGUGAAACGGCCGCACAGUUUUGUGCUGCAUCUGUUGUUAUUGCUUUAGAAGAUUUGCACAAGAAUGGUGUUCUCUACAGAGGAGUGUCGCCUGAUGUUGUGAUGUUGGACCAAACAGGACAUAUACAGCUGGUUGAUUUUAGAUUUGGUAAGAAGCUUGCCGGUGAAAGAACAUUCACAAUUUGUGGGAUGGCAGAUUCACUAGCUCCAGAGAUUGUGUUGGGAAAAGGCCACAGUUUCCCUGCUGACUGGUGGGCAUUGGGAGUUCUGAUAUAUUUUAUGCUACGAGGUGAAAUGCCAUUUGGAUCAUGGAGGGAAAAUGAACUUGAUACAGUUGCCAAAAUUGCAAAGCGGAAGCUACAUCUUCCAGAUACAUUCAACCCCGACGCUGUUGAUAUCAUAUCCAAGUUACUUGAUGUGGAAGAAACUACUAGACUUGGUAGCCAAGGUACUGAUUCUGUCAAGAGUCACCCAUGGUUUAAUGGUGUUGAAUGGGAAGGGAUUCGCCACCGCACUUUUCCCGCUCCUCCGGAAAUCAUUUCUCGUGUUGCACAAUACUUGGAAGUUCAUUCUGAGGAUUGCAGUGGUUCUCUAGGUUCCCCAUUACAGGAGGUAGAAGAACUCAAUGUGCCUGAAUGGCUUGAGGACUGGUAAGAGAGAAUAUGAGAACAUUAUUAGGUUUCUGUGCCCUCUUAUUUUAAAAUUUGGCUAUACACCAAUAUUUAAAUACCUUUGCUUUGGUGGAUAAUUGCAAUCCAAGAUUGCAAUGAACCAGAAGAUGCAAAGUGACACAUUUGAUACCAGAAUAUUCCCCCCAUAGUUCACUUUUUUGUGACAUGAUUGCAUUGGAAAACCAAAUAUUCUUGGUGUUUUCCAUGCUUUCUAUUUAUUUAUUUAAGUAGUUGAAUAUGAGUAGGGUAGGUUCAAUUAUGUUCUUUAUAUUCUCUUCACCUCUUUUUUCUUUCAAUUUUUUCUUAUUAUUUUGGGAAUUCCUCUCCUUUGUAAAUAUUAUAUACUUGUACUUGAGUGGGUUUCUUAUCAUUUUUCAAUUGAAAUAUUCAUGUUUAGAAGUUUUCUGUAUAACCCACUUAAGAAAAUUCUAUUGUCAGGAACAGAUAUGUUCAUGGUACUGAGAGUCACAUAAAUAUGUAUAAAAUAUUAUAUUCA